GCACGUCACGGAGACUUGAAAUAACACACACGUAGCUACUAGCUAGGCUAUCGCGUUGUAGCUGACAACCUCCGAAGGCUAGCUAGCUAGCUAGAAGGCAGUAGCUACCUCGAGCUACCAGCUAGCUCAAAAAGUCUUGAAGGCCCCGCGAGCUAGCGCUGGGCUCGAUGGCUAGGUGCGCGGCUGAGGGCGAUCUUCGUAUGAUGUCAUGUUUUUCAACGGCUUCACGUAGAUCAUUUUUUUUUCGAAAUAAUGAAGCCGCGAGAUCCUCAAAUUUACGCCUGAUAAUUGGUAGAAAACAUGUCUCUGCUGCCCCGAAGCUCCCUGGAUCUGCUCUGUUAGCUUCCGGUCGCACGGAGGAUCCCGUUUUUAAAACGGAUUUUAUUUCGUCGGAAGCUCCCCUGCGCGUACUGAUUGCGGGUGGUGGUCUGGGCGGUUUGUUCGCGGCUAUUGCACUUCGAAAAGCUGGAGCUGAUGUGACUGUCUUAGAGCGCACAGCCAAUUAUCGCACUUUAGGCGGACCAAUACAGCUUGCAUCUAACGGCGUCAGCACUAUAAAAGCAACAAGCGAAAGAUUAUUCGAGCGCGUGCACGAGGUCAGCCGUCCUUUCUGGGACACAGCCAGUGGAAUUCGUGAUGGUCUUAGUGGAAAGUGGAUGUUCAAAUUCGAAGCCAUCACCGAGCUACCAGUUGAACGUAACCUCCCUUUUUCAAUUUGUGUUGACCGCUGUGAACUACAGGGCGUCCUCCUCGAAGAAAUCGGCAGCAACGACACUGUACUUCUUGGCUCAAACAUUGUUCGUUACCGCAAUAACAAUAGUGAAGACGGCGGUGGCAUCACGGCCAUUUUAGAAGAUGGCAGGGAGUUGCAAGCUGACGUCCUUAUCGGAGCUGAUGGCAUAUGGAGCCAAGUUCGGGCUCAGAUGUUUGGCGAGCCACCUGGCAGGAAAGGAGCAAGUAGCACUGCAAAUUUUACUGGAUUUAAGCUGUACUCAGGAUUGCCCAUAUUCAAACCCUACUACUACGCAGAUGUUGGGUAUUCGGCUUUUAUCGGACCAGAUCACUAUUUUGUCGUGUGUCCAGACCGUGCUGGACGUGUUCAGUGGUAUGGAUUUAUUAAGGCAGUUGAACCCAACACGCCAGAUGCCAGGAAGCCUAAGGAGUAUCUUUUAGAAAAGCUGAAGGGCUGGGCCCCUGAGGUUCUUGAAUUGGUCGAAGCAACUGAACCGUUGGAAAUAGAAGUUCGUGAUCUCUGGGAUCGAUUUCCAUCAAUCAUGCGUCCCUGGUCUGAUGGUCAUGCGACGCUCCUAGGCGAUUCUUGUCAUGCCACCAUGCCUAAUAUAGGGCAAGGUGCAGGACUUGCCUUUGAAGAUGGCUAUGAAUUGGCUCGAAUGCUGGCAUCAGUUCGCAAGCGUUCACAGAUACCGCGAACGCUCAACCGUUUUUACUACAGACGUAUUUUCCGUACUGCAGCAGUGCAGGGACUAGGAAGAAUAAAUUCCGAGGCAAUUAAAAUCUUAACUCCAUUGCUUCCUAUACGCCCGCUUGUAGAGUAUGUAAUUGGCCCUAUAUUGCCUUUCAUUUUCCGACUGCAAUUCGGAUACUGCUACUCAUUUUGUCCAGCAACAAUGCCGUCAAAUGAUUCAAAAAAAAUGGCAGCCAGUAUGCGUCAGCGCCACAAGGAGGAAGCGGAGGAAGCCUGGACAAUAGCAGAGCGAAAGGGGAUACACAUAGCUGGCAUUGCUAAUUUGCACGAUGAUAUUGAUUAACCGUGAUAUUGAUAUAUUAUUCAGGCAAAUAAUCUCGAUAGAUAGCCUUGUGAUGAGUACUGAUGAUAUUUGGUGUCACUUGAUAGCCAUCGCAACUGUGUCUUGCUGCACUGACUCGGAACAGUCACGUGCAUAAGCACGCUGCGAACAACACUUGAAGUUAAAGUCUUUCAGCCAUUUUGAUAUCAAGAUUGAAACUUUGGGUAGCGCAAAGGUCGGUGGAAAGUGUCGAGAAUGAAUCUGAUUUUCGUUGGACCGAAGCCUGGGGUCACCAAACGUGUGUGAGAUGCACAUAUGAGUGAGGCAAGUGUUCCAAAGCUGUCACACAAGGUUAUUGCGUCAAGUUUAUUCAAGCUGCGAAGACUAGUGAUCGCUCCUUGAACUCGACUGACAAAAUCAAUUUUCUCUGUUCCCUCGAUAUCAUUCGUUGAGUAACUCUCGUAUUCUUUUAGUGUCUCAAGGUAUCGCGCAGACUCUUCCAGGCUCCAAGAACAUACUAGGGUACAGUCUUGUACCGUUGACGUUUUAUUUAUGUCACACAAAACGUUCACACUGUCCUCCAUGUCAACGAUACAUAGCACAAAACAGAAGUUCAAAUUAUUCCGCAUCUGUUGUAUUCGGCUGUGGAGGUAUUCAGGAUGCAGAACGUGGAAUCUAGCAGACAGGAAUAUAACGCAGGAACUGGCAGACAACGAAAAAUCAGGGACAACGGAAGAGAAAGACCAUCGAACAUUGUAGAUGUUUCGUAGAACGGGAUUCCCGCUUUGUGUACUGGAAACUAAUAAUACAUCGCGUUUCUGACAUAGUGACCCAUCCUCCGUGCACACCCUGUCGUCUAAGAGGCCGUGGCCGAGCAUUGCUUCAAGCAGGAUCCAUGAGAGAGCUGGAGACGCCGUGAACGGCACAACGUUUCCGGAGAUGCAUUUUAUUCGAGAACUGCGCGGAGCAGAAUGAAAUAUCUUAGACCGGCACGUUUCUAGUCGAGAGGCUCGUCCGUCAAGCCCGAUU